UGUGUUUCUCUCACUCCGGUCGGUGAGCUCUCUCUCCAUCCUCUCCUAAAGCAGACCUAAAGCCUUUUACUUUGCGCAUGUACAGCCAAACUGAACAUUUCAUGACUCCAAGAUGGCGUUAACACCACUGGCUUGCGUUCUGCUCCUCCUUUCAAUGCAAUUCUACAUCAGCACCUUGGCAGUAAUCCUGAAGACGAUGAAUUCAAAACCAUGGGUCAAUGAGUUUGAAUCAAUCGAGCUGUCUUGCAUGAUUGAGUCUAUCUCCACUAUUAAUCCCAGAAUAGAAUGGAAGAAGAUCAAGAAUGGAGAGCCCAGUUAUGUAUAUUUCGAGAAAGAAAUAGCAGGCGACUUGGAGAAGAGAGCGAAAAUUCGAGAACCAGCAACUUUAGUCAUUCCUAAUGCAACACGAUCUGACACUGCUGAUUACCGUUGUGAAGUCACUGCCCCCAAUGACCAAAAAUCUUUUGAUGAGAUUCUCAUAUCUCUCGUUGUAAGAGUGAAACCCGUAGUGCCCAGAUGCUCCGUACCCAACUCAGUCCCAGUACGCAAAUCAGCAGAGCUGCAUUGUGUGGAGGAUGAGGGCUAUCCCAAGUCUCAGUACCAGUGGUUCCGCAACAAGGAGGAAAUCCCAGAAGACCCCAAGAGUAGCCCUAAGUUCUUCAACUCCAGUUACACCCUGAAUGGAGAAAUGGGCACACUGAAAUUCAGUGCUGUCAGGAAGGAGGACACCGGAGAGUACUACUGCAGAGCAAGAAAUGAGGCUGGCUUCUCAGAAUGUGGACCACAGAUUAUGGAAGUUUAUGACAUCAACAUUGCUGGAAUCAUCUUGGGUGUACUGGUUGUGGUGGUGGUACUAUUGUGUAUAACACUGGGCAUCUUCUGUGCCUAUAAACGAGGCUACUUCACCAGCCAAAAGCAGACGGGAAACAAUUACAAAGCUCCAGCAAAAGGAGAUGGAGUGGACUAUGUCAGAACAGAGGAUGAGGGGGAUUUCCGACACAAAUCCUCAUUUGUCAUCUGAGAGGAGGGUAAAGUGAUGGAGGAUACAGAAUUAAACUGAAGGUUAUUGGCGCCAUACCUCACAGACACAAAUCCCCAAACUGACGACAUAAAUGUUGGCGCUACCACAGCACGUGCCUUGCUCCAUGGUACGACUGCGACGACACAAUUUGUAUUUGCCAAAGGUGACAAAUAAUUACAAACGUCUGAUCACUGUUUAAAGACAAUAGAUGCUUCUUGUUUCUUUCAUUCUACUUUUUCAGCCCCUUUUUAUGAAUGGGUAAAACCAUUUCGCUUUGCUAGCCGUAGCAUUUGUUACAACUCUGCACCUGUCAAUAUUGUUAGAACUCUGUAAUUUCUAAAACAUUUGUUUUUUACUAGCUAAAUUUGUCAGACUAUUUUUGAUGGAAUAUAUUUUAAAAUGCCUAUAGAAAAUGUUUACUUUUUUAAAUAUUUGUAAAAUACUAACCUGGAAGCCAGUACAUUUUUAGACUAAUUUGGUUGUGAGAGAAAUUAAUAACCAUUUCCACCACUUUGCAUCCUGAGUUUUAGUAAUUCAAUAUUCAAAUUAAUGUAACGGAGCACUCAGUCAUGUGAAUGUUUUGUUUUCCAUUGAGAUUUCAAAUCCUUUCAACAGCAUAUCCAGCUGCACCGGCUUCAAUCAAAGGUCUUAUGUACUUACUAUACUGCUGGGAUUUAAAUGUUAAUAGUGUAAGGAUGUUCCAUGUUCAUGUUUGUAGAUAGUCUUAGACAGUGAGUAUCUUUGGAAAAUCACCAGCAAAAGCUGGAGAAUACUUUAAAAGACCAGUGCUGCGUAUCCUUGAUUUUAAGUGUCCUUCUAUGCUAGCUGUUUAUCUUGUAUAUAGUGAAUAUACAGUCUAGGUUGUUUAUUUUUUUCUUUUCUUUCUCUACAUCUCUUCCUUUUCUUAUUUGAGUGAGAAACACUCACCAUGUUACUUUUUAAUAUAACAGGGUUUGUAUGUUGGCUACCUGACUGGUUGUAUAUAGAUCCACUGUGAGCUACACUGUGCAUAAGAUGUUAUCAGUUUAACGAAGAGUUAAACCUUCUGAAUGAGACAAAUAUGACACUCUUGCCAUGGAAGUAAAUAUGAAAUUGAGAAGUCUGGUCAUGGUAGAGAGGGGAUCUGCCUUGUCAAAUACAUUUGAUAGACUGGACCCAAAUGAUGUUUUACUUUCAUGUAAACUUACCUUUAAACUUUUCAUUUAAACUUAUCUUGCAUAGCAGUGAUCAUGGAAAAAACCUGACAAUGCAUACAUACUUUAACCUACAUAAAAGGUGUUACGAGUACAAUCAUAGCUAAAAUUAAUGAACUGAAUGCUUUUGUUAAUAUUUUAUGAGACUAUGUCCUUAAAUCUGCUAUGGGCUCAGAAAUCUUCAGCAAACCUUUGAAGAAGAACCAUAAAUCAUUCCUCUUAAGUGCCUUCUAGUGUAGUAGUACAACAGUGAUAUUGCAUUGACAAUAAUGCAGUUUUUAGACAAUAACUGCUGUAGCAGUUAAUCGGAAUCUACACAGAACAAUUUUUCUAAUUCAUUUUCAUCACUCUUACACCAGGUCAGUAUUUCAAAAAGAACAGGUGUUUGAGAGGAAUGAUAACGUUCUGCAGUCAUCCAUUGUUUGAAAAAACUUGGUCACACAUAUCUAAAAAAAAACAACUUUUUCCCCCCCUUUUUUUUUUUUUUUUGUAAAUACACCUACUGUUGUGCAUUGAUUUGGGGAUUUGUUUUCAUUGCCGUAGAUACUCUAUAAUGUAUUAGUGCCUAAAUGUAGAGUGAAAUAAUGUGUCAGGAGGACAGACCAAAAGUAUUAAUUUAACAGAUAUUCUUAGAGACAAAGGUUUAUUUAAUUGAUUUUAGAUUUAAACUUAGGAACUUAGUACUACAUUAUAUGAGUCACAGCCCAAUUCAGUUCUAUAUCCCUGCAUUUGUCACUGAAGUACUGUGAGGGGAACAGAAAAUGAAGUACUUUGUGUGUUUAAAAAAAAAAAAAAAAUUUGAGAGAGCUGUACCAAAUACUGACUGCCAAAAGAGCAUUUUUCCAGUAUUUUUCCCAGUUCUCUUUCUUUUUUUAUUUGUGUGUAACUCUUGGGCAAGAUUGUUUGGAGGCUGAGAUCACAUAUUUUUCACUCAUUUUAGUUUUGGGGGGGGAUUUUGUGGUUGUUUUGGAAACAGCUGGAAUUAUAAAUGAAUCAUAUUUCAUAUUUCAUUCACUGAAUUCAUGUUAUGUCCCAUUGGUUUGGGACAGGUACAAACCCUGUGUGAAUUCUUGAAUAGUAUGUUUGUGAUUAAUAAAGCUCACUUCUUUAA